AUGAACAACGAACCUGAACUCGAAUCCGCCUAUGCGGGUCAAGCUGCGAAGCUCUCCCACGUUAAGCCGCAGGACGAUGAUACUGGGUCUGGAACGGCGAAAAGAGCGGAUUAUGUUACGCCAAGGGAUACGGUCGUUGUUAUGGAGGAUGGAGGGCGAUUGCCAGGGCCACCGUUACAGGAGGCGGAGAGAUUGAAUGGGCUUAGAAGGCAAGCAAGGGGAGUGGGUGGUAAUAUGAAUAGCGAGGCUGAAGGGACAGGUGAACUUAUGGACGAGGAGAACAGGCUCGCAGCGGGUGAGAAAGUGCAAAAUUCACAUGAAGAUAGAGGAGAUGAUGGGCAAACCUCAGGCCAAGGUUCCCUUCGACGAGCUAUGCCACCCUCGAGAACGCAUCCUUUAUUCCCACCUUUACCACUAUACGGCCCCUCGUCGAUUACGAGAAAUUUACAAUGUUGGACAUUCAGAACUACUAGUUUUUUCUUGAGCUGCGCAUUUUUGGGGCUUAUUGUAAUGGGAGCAGGAGUUAUGAGUGUGCCAGCCAUUUGCAGGUAUAUUUGGUAUAAAGCUACAUUUAGAGAUCCAGACCGAGGAAGGGUAUUCUACGAUGAAGAGAAGACACGAAAAAGAAGGAGGAAAGAAGAUGAGAUGAGGUGGAAGAGAUUAAAUCGCCGAAAGUUCUCUCACGGAAAAAUGGAUGAUAAUGAAGAUGAAGCGGGACAAGGGGAAUUUGUACCGACAGAGGGAGGAAAAGAUCCACUGGUUUGUGACGUGGGAUAUUAUGCACGCAGGGUAGGCCUUGAUGUUGAAGAGGUAAAGGUUCAGACGGAGGAUGGAUUUAUUAUUGUUUUAUGGCAUGUAUACAACCCGAACGAAUAUACGCCUAUGACAGCCGAACAGCGAGCCGCUCGUGGUCCAGAACUAUUUACUGGUCAGGGGCCAAGUCGUCCACUUCCUUCGGCCUCUGAUCGCAAACCAAAGUAUCCCGUUCUAAUGAUUCAUGGGCUAUUGCAAUCUUCCGGUGCCUAUUGCACCAAUGAUGACCACUCCCUGGCAUUCUACUUAUGCAAACAAGGCUAUGAUAUCUGGCUUGGUAAUAAUCGAUGCGGUUUCACGCCAGAACAUACCCUUCUUGAAUACUCGGAUCCUCGUAUGUGGGCUUGGAACAUUCGGCAGAUGGGUGUGCUAGAUUUACCAGCACUCACCUCUCGCGUUUUAUCCGAAACAUCUUUCCCCAAACUAGCCCUCAUCGCUCACUCCCAAGGCACAACUCAAACGCUUGUUGCGCUCGCAAAAGAACAGCGUCCAGAAUUAGGCGAAAAGCUAUCUGUGUUCUGUGCAUUGGCCCCUGCUGCAUAUGCAGGUCCUUUAAUCGGGAAGGCUUAUUUCAAAUUUAUGCGCAUGAUCUCUCCUUCAUUCUUUCGCCUCAUCUUCGGUAUUCACGCUUUCAUUCCAUAUAUGAUGACUAUGCACAAAAUUGUACCAGGGAAAAUUUUUGGGGCUAUGGGGUAUCACGUUUUCCACUUUUUAUUCAAUUGGAGUGAUGCUAGGUGGGACAAAGGAACCAGAGAUCGAUGUUUUCAAUUCGCUCCUGUGUACGUUAGUGCAGAAAGUAUGAGAUGGUGGCUAGGGAGAGAGUGUUUCGCAAAGCAAAAGUGUAUAUUAGCAACAAAAGAGGAGGGUUUACAGGAAGAGGAAGAAGACAGAUGGGUAUCUGGUGAAACGUUAGAUAAUUCAGGUAGUAAUGAUGAGAAAAGGAAAGAGAAGUUAAAGGCUAAAGGAAAGAAAGUGAUGGGCGCGUCAAGGCUGGUCGAGACUGAGAUGCAAUCCGGAACAGAAAUAACGCACAAAAAGAGGAGGAGAGGACUCAAGGGAAGUACAGCUUGGUACAAUGAACAAGCUCCACCUUUUGCGUUCUGGGUGGCCGGAACGGAUGAUUUGGUCGAUGGUAGAAAAUUACUUCGGAGAUUCGAGAGGGGGAGAGAACCGUGUGUUAAGGUCGUGCAUCAAAAAGUGAUAGAGGAGUAUGAGCAUUUAGAUGUAAUUUGGGCAGUGGAUGUCAUCGAGCAAGUAGGUCGAGAAUUAAAAGAAGUGAUUUGGAACACGUGUUCAGAGACAGAUCGAAGCAAAUGUCGCGUUCCUGUAGGAUGCGAAGAGGUUGAAGUUUGGGAUGGCGGAGAGACGUCUGCUGUCUCUGAAGGAAUAGACAGCCCAGAAAGUAGUCAAAGUCAAAGUGACAGUGAUCAAAUCAUCUGGACGUGA